AUGGAGAGGCUCAGCUUGCCACCCUCGCCGCAUCCGACCUGUCCGGCCGAUCACGUCUUCCAAGAGUUGCGACAGGAUCUUCAGCCUCUCUUGCAAGAAGCUGUGCGGAACAGACGCUUCGAUCUUGAUGCCAGCAGCGCUUCGGAUCAGGAAAAGAAGGAAAUGCGAGAUUUCCUUGGGCAAGCGUACGCUUCUCGUGCGCAAAGCUGGCUCGGCAUCUUCGGGAGUUCGCCGCCCCGUCAAACCUUGGCACGGCUGUGCGGGCGAUUUGGGGUAAAAAUCCACGACACUGAGGGCAACUACAAUGUGCGCGACGCCACGGACUUUGUCGCAGAAGUGCGCAGGAUCCUGCGGUGGUAUCGACACAGAAAGAGAUCCACGCUGCUGCGAAGGCGACAGGUUCUACGGGAGCGUCAGCAGCGCAUCAUCCCCGGCAAGACGGGCGUCCUGAGCAAGAAGGUCCGGGCACACCUCCGACGACUUCGGCGGCCGGUUCGAGUGGAGAGCUUCAUGCACUGGCGAGACAUGGCGAUACAGACAUUGCGAGCUGGGAUAGCAGUACAAAGCGGCACUGUCUGCGUGGAACGCUACUGGGCGGCCUUGCUGAACUACAUUGCACCUCAGGUCCGGCAAAUGUCGCCAGCUUGGUGGUUCGUCUUGGCACAGUUGAGCUUCGCCAAGUGGAACUACCAGCAUUUCAGUCUUGAUGCCCUGCCCGGUAUAGCAGAGCGAGAUGCUGAAAUCCAAAGCAAGUUGUCUACCUGCACCUUGCUGGCGCGAGCCCUUCAUGACAGUGAGCUCAGCGAAGCCAUCGGAUUGCACGACCUGUUUGAUCCUUUCCGGCAUGAUGACGAUGCGCAGUUUGCGGAGGCAAAGACUUUGUCCGCUGAGAGUGGUCUUGGUGACUAG